UUAAGUUUGAGAUCUAGAACUGAAGGCAGUGGUUCUAGAUUUAUCAAAAGUCUUUAUUUAUUCGAAUUCGCUCAGAAGUCUGUCUCCAGUUACUUCACACAUAGAUGUCAUGAGCAAAAAAACGAACUUAUUGAACUUGGCAAUAAUUGACAAUACCUUGUUUUUAACUAGUGACAUCUUAGCAUCUCGCUUUGAUUACCGACCCAUUGCAGUCCCUUUCAGGCAGAAGUAAUGGCAAUUUGCUACGUAGUUACAUAGGUCUCAAUGUAAAUAUCGUAAUCCCAAAUAUGAAUAUCGUAUUGUCGAACAACCAAGCUGCUAUCAAAUCUCUGGAAAAAGAAUUCAAAAUGCAAAAAACUCGAGUGGAAAAUCAUGAUGACUUCAAACGUUGUAUGGUAGCGGCGGAACCACUGACCAAGGGCGAUAUCAUCGUAGAGGAAUUGCCCUAUGCAUUUGGACCCAAGCAAAAUAGUGAUAUCGUAUGUUUAGGUUGCUAUCGCAGCUUAGACUUUGGUGAGGAUGGUGAUUCUAUGGAUCGUUGUUACAUAUGUGAUUGGCCAUUAUGCAGUACUUGCAGUGACUUGCAAGUUCAUCAGGGCGAAUGUGAAAUAUUCUUUCAAGCAAAUGUUACUUUUGCUGGAAAUGUGAGCGAAGACGGUGUCUGCACACAACUCGAUUGCAUAACACCCUUAAGGAUUCUGCUAGCCAAAGAGAAUGAUCCAAUACGUUGGGAGAGGGAGAUUGCACAAAUGGAAUAUCAUGAUAGGGAAAGACGAGCAUUAACUGAAAUAUGGAAUGCCGAUCGCAUCAAUAUAGCACAAUACUUGCGUGGCCCUUGCAUGUUAGCCGACCGAUUCUCAGAAGAUCUAAUAAUGCAGGUCGUAGGUAUACUUGAGGUAAACGCUUUUGAAGCACGUACACCAGAAGGUUACACCUUUCGCUGUAUAUAUCCAAAUACUGCAGUAUUGGCACAUAAUUGCGUACCAAAUGUGACUCGGAGUGUUUAUCCAAGCGAAGGAUAUAAGGUACGCUUGCGUACAAUGCGUGACUUGGAAGAAGGUGAACAACUUUUCCUUUCUUACACUUACACCUUAGAUGGUACAAAAGAGCGCCAAGAUAAUCUCAAAAAUGGAAAGUUUUUCCUUUGUAUGUGCGAUAGAUGUAAAGAUCCAACUGAAUUAGGAACGCAUUUCAGUUCUAUUAAGUGUCACAAAUGUAUAGAUGGUUUGGUGACAAACUUGAAUCCAUUAGACAACAAUGCGGAAUGGAAGUGCAAUAUAUGUGAAUUUCAAAUGUCUCAGUUAGAUAUGUCACAAUACCUAUCUACCAUAGAAACAGAAAUUGAAAGUGUUAAACAAAUGGGGUCUUCUUCACAACGUUUGGAACUUACAGAAGAAUAUCUAGAAAAAUUUGAAAACGUCUUGCAUCCACUACACUAUUUACUAACUGGAAUGCGACAAAAUUUGAUCGAAAUGUACGGACGAGUAGAAGGAUAUCAGAUGAUUGAACUUUCUAAUAGCUUACUUGAACGUAAAAUAGAUCUUUGUCGCCAAUUGCUACUCGUGUUGGAGAAGUUUGAGCCUGGUCUUAGUCGUACAAGCGCUAUGGUUAUGUAUGAAUUACAUGUUCCCUUAGUAUUAUUAGCUAAGCGUGCUUUUGAUGCAGGCACCAUAACAGUUAAAUCAUUAGAAGAACGCAUAAUUGAACCUAUUGCGUUACUGAGGCAAUGUGUUCAAACACUUCAGUAUGAGGAUACGUUUUCACAAGAAGGUGUCUUGGGACAAAUAGCACAGGAAGCAUUGCAAAAACUAAGCACAAAUUUUAAUGCUUUGCAUAACCAAUAACCAAUCACAGGAGUUGUCAUUAAUUCAUCAACACUUAAAAAAAAUUCUAAAAUACAAUACAUAAAAAUUAUAUUUACAUAUUUUUUUGUACACUC